AACAUCUUGUUAUCCAUUCCCGCCUUCCACCCCAAACCACAUACAACACCCAACCGGAAAAUGACCCUCCGUCUCCUCUCAGCUCCGCCGUCCUUCCCUCUCUUCACCUGCCACGCCACCACCAACACCGCUGCCGCUGCUGCUGCCCGCCCCCUCCCAUCUCCUCCUCAAAUAUCGUCGUCACCGAGCCUUACUUCUUCAACUCAACAGCCCCCACCGUUAACGUGCGCACUUCACUGCCCCCACUUCCAAUCGUGCUCGGGGUGCACGCACGAGUUCAAUCUCCACCGUCCGGUUAUAUUGGACGAGGUUACCGAUUUCUUUGAGAAACACGGCGUAUCCGACUUCACAUUUGAUACUUGCAAACUGUGGAAUUGGAGGUGCCGUGCAAAAUUGGCCGUGCGUGGCUCUUCAACCAACCCUCUCAUUGGGCUCUAUGAGGAGGGUACUCAUAACGUAGUUGACAUUCCACAAUGCCAAGCUCACCAUCCUAAUAUUAAUGCUGCCGUGGAGCUACUUAGACAAGGUAUUUCCUUGUUUUAUAUUGAGCCAUAUGUUGAAGAUGAAGGUACUGGCAAUUUGCGAUAUGUCCAGAUGGCUGUGACAACAUACAACACCUCUCUUCCUUGGGCAGAAAGAUAUAAGAAUGGAAAGGUUCAGGUUACUUUGGUUUGGAAUUCAAAAAAUGAAAACACGCCCAGUUCAGGAAAACUGAAUGCAUUAGCAAAUUUUUUGUGGAAAAAUGGUGGGCCACAGAGCAGGCUUCAUUUAAUUCAUUCCGUGUGGGCCAACUUUCAGAUCUCUACUGACAAUAUAAUUUUUGGGAAUAAAUGGAAACAUCUUAUUGGAGAAAGAGAUUUUUGGGAACACGUAGGUGGAAUUGAUGUGUCCUUGGCCCCUUCUAGUUUUGGACAGGCAAACACACGGGCUUUUGAUGCCUUGCUUCGGAAGUUACAGAAAUAUGUUCCACAUGGAGCAUCUGUUGCUGAUUUGUAUGCUGGAGCUGGGGUCAUUGGUUUGUCAUUAGCUGCCACAAGAAAGUGCAGAUCCAUUAAAUGCAUUGAGAUUAACAAAGAGUCGAAGGUAUCUUUUGAGAAGACCGUUGAACGUUUGCCUGCCACCACUGACAGCAGCAUCACUUGGCACCAUGCAGAUGCUUCAAAAGAGCCUUUAUUGUGGCUUGUGGACUCAGACGUAGUUGUCAUUGAUCCUCCUAGAAAAGGACUAGAUGUAUCUCUUAUUGAUGCAUUGCAGAAUAUAUCAUCUAUCGAGCAUAGAGUCUUAUCAUCAUCUGAACGGUUCUCAAACUCAGUCCAGGAAGAGAAAAGACCAUGGGUUUUACGUGCUAAAGAAGCUUCAGUCCAGAUUGGAAGCAAACCACCUCCUGCGAACAUCCCUCAAUCGAUGCCACAAACCCUUAUUUAUAUAAGUUGUGGAUGGGAAAGUUUUAAAAAGGACUGCAAUUCAUUGUUGUCUAGUAAGGCAUGGCAUUUGGAAAAAGCUCAUGGUUUUAAUUUCUUUCCCGGCACCCAAAGCAUUGAAGUUCUAGCGGUGUUCAAAAGGGGUCCUCAGAAAAAGAAACCAGGAAAGAAAAAGAAAAAACGUGUGCAAGGAGCUGCGAGACAUUAAUUAGCAUGUGGUUCAAUACAAGGGGUUUACACCUGCGAAACAGUGUGUAAUUUUGAACGGAAGCAAAAAGGUGGAUAAAUUUAGUGGCAGUCUCAAGUGGAAAAAAUGUUAGCAUUGCCAUUUUUUGUGGGGAAUUGUUUUGUACUGGUGGAAAAGGGAAAUUUUGUUUCGUCAUUUGAUCAAUUUUGUAGGAAGAAUAUUAAAAUUUGAAUGUAGUUUUACAUCGCUUUUCAUCUCCACGCUUUUGAUCCAAGUAAUACAAAA